UCAUGAUUGCAUUAGGUUCUCGCCAUUUGAUUUCAGAAGUUCGACGUUUCAGUGUUACUGUAAUUAAAUCAUCUGUUUUAAAAAUUGUCUGUACGCAUUACCAGAGGACUUGUAUCGCUGACCCUUUCGCGAAUAGCCGGUAGAAUUUCGUAGUUGUACAGGGAAGCCUCUGCGGUAAACGGAUUAGUCUCAAAGAAAAAUAAUGAUGGCUACGAAAGGUUGGAAGGUGGUAAAGCCUCACGUGCCGCUGAUUAAAUUUCGAAAGGGUGGAAUUACUAGAGCAAGUGCAGGUGCAACAGCCACAUCGACUGCGCAUUCAGGGGCGACGACUCAGCGGUCUACCAGUGGUGCAACGGGUCCUAACGUGACGGUUUUGCCAACGAUAGAAGAUAUUUACCUGCCCCCACGAUUCCAAAGACGACCGAUAGAUGAGAAAGAAAUUGCAUACAUUAAUAGAGGUGGUCCGGAAUAAGCCCAUCUUUUGGUGAAGCAUCAUCGAAUCUUAGAACCUUGUACACAUGUCAUUUCCUUCAUGCGUUCUCUUGUAUAAUGUACUCUGUAAAUAAAUGAAAGCAAAACAGCCAGCCAC